UUCGCGCCAGCUAUUAAAACUAUGUUUCUAAAAUAAGAGAUAGAAAUCUUUGUUAACGAGAACUCUAAAAAGGAUCCGACAUUUUUAAUUUCUCCUUUUUUGCAGAGUUUCGAGACGAAAGAAAAAAGAAAAUAAAUUUCGAGUUGUAAGAGGGGAAGAAAAUGUAGUUCAACGCGUUACGGUAUCACGAUAGCUAGCACGGAGCAUUCCCGCGUAUGAGAGCGUGAACAAAACACGUGUACACACGAAGUAUACGUUAAAAUUAGAGUGAAUAAUUGCGACAGUGAAUAAUUACAUUGUUAUUAGAUCGGACAGGCGAAUCCACGAAAUAAGGGAAAGGAAUUAUGUGCUGGAAUUAAGGUGAGAGCGAUAACGGAUCUCGGCGUGCUUUGCAUUCUGCUGGUCUGCAUGAAGGACUCGAGCUUUGGGGCCUCAAAAGGAUGAGGCGGAUAGACGACGGCCAUGUUGCAAGACCACCACCGUUCAGGGUGCUCGCGGCACCCGACAAUUAUUUGUCGCCUCCGACGUUACCGCCACCCCCGCCGCGUGCACCCGAGCCUUACAAGGUUGCACCCUCCUCCACGUCGUCCUCGAGGGCGCAUAGGCGAUCCAGUUUCGUGAUUAUCGCCGAUUCCAGACCUGCAUCUCCGGAAACAAGGACCCCGUCGCCGACUUUGGCCGCCGGCAGGGUCUCGCCUUUUCGAGGACGCGGAUUCAAGGGCCCGCCACCGCGAUCCAAGUCCAGACCACAAUCACCCGAAGUUAACGAUGCCCGCAGGAGGGGCAGAAACGAUCGUCGAGUUUCAGUAUCGCAGCAAAGCAGCCCAAGAAGAAGCCUGAUACCGCAGCCAACCCGCCAGCGCUCGACGUCUUUGGGCAAAUCGAACGAGCGUCUCUCCUCUCCAAAAAUCGGUCGGCGCGUGGAUUCCAGGACUCGUUUGAAUACCACGGAGUCCCGGAAUCGCCUGAAUGCCUACAGCGGCAGCAAAACGAACCUCGCGACGCGUCGUCAGGUCACGAAGACGGGCAGCAAGCUCUCACCUAUUCAGGGAACUCCGACGAAGCCGGAGAAGACGCCACAAUCCACGCGCAGAGAUCGUCCGAGGGAAACGAAGGCAUCGCCGACGCGACAGCAGAAGUCUCCGUCCAGGAAUCCCAGGAACCCGAAGAGGCCGAGUCAGGAGAAGACCCCUGCGAGCAAAGAGCGUCUGACGUCUCCCUCGAAGAUUCCGUUGAAGACGAACAGGGUGAAUUCCUUGAACCCAGCCAGGUUCAUCACCCUCAACCAGCCUGGGGAUAAAAAGAAGGUAGACAAGGGGUCCAAGGAUGUUCAAGAACAGCCAGCCGAGUCUGGUCAGAGCAGCAAAUCGGAGGCCGGCUCGAAGGAGAGCGAGAAGAACUCUGACCAGGUCGGCGAACUGAACCUGAUAGACUUGUUGAAGCAAACUUCGGGAGCUACCGGGACUUCCAGUGUGGUGAAUACCACGGCAACGACUGCUGUUCAGCCGCUGCACAUAGACGCCAACGCGGUGCUGCUGGAGAAGGACUCGGACAAGAAGAGUCCGAACCAGGACCCGGCGAGUGGGAAAUCGUCGACCUCGAGCAACGAGGAUAUUGUCACCAGGCAGACUUCUGUGACGAACGAUGAUCGGCCGAAGGCUAGUAAGGCUAACAACCAUCGGAAAGGUACGGAGAGCAGGACCGACUCUCCGGUUCCGAGCGAGAAGAACUCGACGAAGAAUGCUAGCAAGAUCAGCGCGACGAAGACGGAUUCCGCUAAGACUAGGAACGCACCGAACGAUCAGACGAGUGUCUCGAAGAAUCAGAAGAUGGAGGAGUCAGGAUCGGUGCAGUCCGCGACUACCAACUCGGCCAAAAGCAGCGAGGUCGAGCUGGUCCACGACUCCACGAAGAGUCAGAGUCACGAAGGUCACAGGACAGUGGUUACCAUCGCGAGUGCGACUCCGAGGGACGACCCGAAACCAGCUCCGAAAUCCGCUAACAACUCGGAAACGAAGAGCGUGACGAACUCGGCGACCAUGAAGAGCAAUGUUGUGGAGACGAAGAAUAAUGUGUCGGUCACGGUUGGUGCAGUGAACAAUGAUGCGAAAAAUGUGAAUAGCGCCGGGGUGAAACCGCGAACGGCCAACCAUGGAAGUGGUGCGUCGGUGAAGUCGUCCGCGGGGGUGUCGAUCGAAUCGAUCGAGAGCGUUAGGUCCACGGACACGGGGGUGAGUGUGGACACUGUUAAAGGGGUGUCGUCGCCGAGGGAGAAGACUGGUAUGCACGUGGUGAAACGGGCGCAGGAGAUCGAGACUCUGAGCGGGAACGUGGUGCAUUUGGAACAAAAUGGAGAACCUGCGGUGCUGGCAGCAGCGAACGGCGUUGGUGAACGACCUCCCGAAAGACUCUUAACGCGGUGGAAAAGAUCUUUGGAUCGUUGCGGCGAGUGUUGUCGCAGCAUGAGGUGUCUUGCCUGUCGUACCAAUCCCAAGGGAUUAGCCUGGCCCGGAAAACAUGCCAGGACAACCACCAUUAAAAGGAACGAACAGCUUCCGGCGAACGCUGCGAGUGACAACGCUCCUCCUGGCUGUUGGCCGAGAUUCAAGAACAGAUGCAGGUGCAAACGGCUCAGGGAAAUGAAAUGUUGCUCAAGAAAAUCGAGGAUCGCACCUGCAGAGGCCACUGCUUGUUGUCCUCCGGAAAGGAAAUUCGGUGCGAUUUGUCGUCGGCUAUUCGACAGCUGCAAAUGCAAGAGAAACGCUGAAGCAGAACGCACAAGAAACAUACGUGCCAAGCACAGUCUUACCAGCGUAGCACCGCCCCCCUUAUCAGAGGAACCAAAAGCUAAGAUACCGGAUGUACUGGUGGAGCACAAUUCUCUAAUGCGUGGCGCCAUUCCAUGUCUACCUGUUCCUCUCGCCUGGUUUUGUCUCGUUUGGAACGUUCUACUGCCUGGUUCCGGUACCGUUUGGAGCGGAAUUUUCAACUUAUGCACAGGUCAGCCAAGAUUCUCAUCGGUGGCUGGGGUGAAAUCGAGACUUGGGGCAUUCGUGGUAAAUCUGAUGGUCGGGGUGGGUCAAUUAUUCACCGUUUUAUUCUGCCUGGUUGGGUGGGGCUGGAGUAUUUGGUGGGGCGUCACUCUGGUCCGUUUAGCCAGGAAAUACAAGAGAUUCAAGGCGUCCGAAGCAGCCAUAAACGACCCGGAAGCGAGAGGCGAACCAGCUGCUUUACCCCCGGGUGUGCCGAGUCACGCGCUAAGAGGGAUGGAACGUACGCGAUAAUUGAAGCAAUUAACGCGAUAUUUCAUCCUUAUCGAGAUUUUUAUAUUGUCCUAUGUCCACGAUUUUUCACUACGUGCCUUCUCGAGAGCCGCGAAUAUAAAACGAGUUUUUUCCGCUUGACAAAGAGCAUGUCCGCUAAAGUCUUGUCGCGAAUUCGAAUUUUUUGCUCGAUUAUACGAAACUUUUGCUACGGAAGCUUCGUUUCGAAAGGAUCGGAAGAACGACGGGAAUAAAACGAAAAGGAAUCGAAACGAAGUUCAUGGAAAUUAAUCGCUUUCAAUGAAAGCAUACCGUUCUUUCAAAAUGUACUCGUUGCGUCGAUCGGAAAUUAUGCUUUUCAUUUGCGUUAUUUUUUGAAAAAGUCUUCGUCGUCGAAACGAUUUAUAUUGUAUUUUGUAUAUUAUCCUUUUAUCGUUUUAUUCGUCCGAAGGUGUCCUCCACGUCGAUGGAAUAAAUACGUUUUGAAAAAACGUACUUUAUAUUUUUACAAGUGCAACACAUAAUAUACGUAUACAUACAUCCAUAUACUCAACUAUUCGACUUAUUCAACUUACAACUAAAAUCCUUGUAAAUAUGAAAAUAUAUUACUUACAUCGGUU